AUGGAUCUUCUUCUUCCACCAAAGACGAUGAUCACCCAAAACCUACUUAAAUUGUCAAUUUUAUUGCUCACUUUUUGUUUCGUGGUAUCGAGUGCACCAAACACUCGAGUCAAAUUGGUGCAGUGCAACAGUAAUUCAUACUCGAAAGGCGAUCCAUUUACUAUUAGUCUAGCCUAUAUUCUUGCUGAAUUGGAGUCUACCACGCCCACCCGUGAAGGCUAUGAUUUCUACAAUAUUUCGCCUUAUCCAAAUGCAUUUGCCUAUGGGCAUGCUACAUGUAGCACAUAUUUGACUAGAUCAGACUGCAAGGUCUGCCUUGGCGCAGCCAAAACUGCCAUGUUGGGGUCUUGUGAUGGGCGGAUCGGAGCUCGAGCACAGCUGUAUGAUUGUAGUGUUAGAUUAAUAGCAUGUUUGAUAGAACUUACUUUAUCUCUAACGGUCAACAAUAUAAGUGAUUUAAUAUAA